UGCGCCCAUCGUCCAACGUGAAUGAAUGGAUUUGUUUCGCUUGUCAUUUCAGUAACAAAACAUUACAUUCAGUUUAAAAUGUAUUGAGCAUUGUUAAUAUUUCAGGAGGAAAAGUUAAAAUAAUUUUUAAUAAGUAGAGUAUGGAAAGACAAGUAGAAAACGAAGAAAACCUUAAUGUUAAUGAGAAGGAAGAGAAAGGUGGUGACCACAAUGAAAGAACUCAGGCAGACGUUCAGAAGGAUUCUAGUCAAAAUACUACCAUAUCAAAAAAUCAGUUAAAAAGACAACGGAAACAUGAACGGUGGCUGCAGAUCAAAGCUCAGAAACGAAAAGAUGAAAAACUGAAGAAGAAGAAGAAGUUUGCCGAAGCACGAGAGAAAGGAGAAUUAAGUGGACCAACACGGAAAAGCCUCAAGAAGAAUUGCAUGCAACAUUCCAGCUGCAAGAUUAAAGUCGCUCUCGAUUGUUCCUUUGACAGUUAUAUGACACCAAAGGAUGUUGUGCAUCUUGUUCAGCAGAUACAACACAGCUAUUCAGCAAAUCGUAGAGUUGAAAAUCCUCUUCAGUUCUAUGUGUGUGGUGUUGAUGGAAAGACAAAACAGAGACUUGAAGAUAUUGGAGACUACAAAGGAUGGGAUGUGUACAUGGAAGACAAAAACUAUAUUGAUGCGUUUGACAAAGAGAGAAUUGUAUACCUGUCCAGCGAAUCUCCGAACAUUUUGAAAACACUGGAUGAGGAUAAGGUUUACAUCAUUGGAGGACUUGUUGAUCAUAAUCAUCAUAAGGGUCUGUGUCACCAAUUAGCGGAAGAGAAAGGAGUGGGCCACGCCCAGCUUCCAAUAGGAGAGUACAUUGAGAUGAAGUCUCGUAAAGUGCUCACCAUCAACCACGUGUUUGAAAUUUUGCUGAAGUAUACUGAAACAGGAGACUGGCAGUCUGCGUUCUAUCAUGUUCUACCUCAGAGGAAAGGAUUCUCUGUGCGUGAAAAAGACCCUUCUCAAAACAGUGAAGUGCCACAUGGUGACACUGACGCAAAAUCUGAUGUGACUGACAGUGUUGACAGCUGUGAUAACAAGCAAACUGCUGACGUAAGGGAGACAACUUCAAAUGGUGGCGGCACUAAAGCAGUUAAUUCCUUUGAAUGUAUCAAAACCAUUGAAAGUUCGCCAGAAAACAGAAAUGUUGAUUUGUCUUUAGACAGUAAAAAAAUUUUUCAACAAGGUUGAGUCUGACCAAGAAAAAGUUACCUAAUAAUAAAGUAUUUUUGAAUAAACUA